AUGUCACGAAGAGGUUCGAGCGUGUACCAGGGGUCUACAGGAGGUCUUAUGCUUCAGCAAGAAUCGCAGGACGAUUGGCAAAUUAGAGGCCGGGAGCAGGAACGGGAAUACGCUCGUUUCAAUCGACCAGAACUCCUAAUCACUUGCUGCGAUUAUGUUUGUGUACUAUCAAUUAAGGAUAAAGAAGAAUUAGGGAUCGUACUCCCACCACCUGGUGAUACGCUUCGAGCGAGGAGACCUUCAAUAUGGGAGCUACCUGAUGAUGUUCUUUCUGCACCAGUAGCUACAAGACUCUCUCCCAGAUCACCACCAACGUUGUCCCCACGUUUCCUAGCACCGUCCACAGCUGAAUAUCCUUCACAAGACUUGGAAACGUUAUUGGAAAAUGCAGGUCUCCAGGACAUAUUGGAGAAGGAUUUUGUAUUGAUGCAAGGAUUGAAGCAUGAUCUGAACAGAAAAUUAGCUGAAAUGGAAUCCAAUAUGCACUCGAUGACAAGUGCAGUUAGUGUGGGCGCUCCGUAUUUAGCUUUGAGAACAUACGACCCCGACCCCAUGGAGGCUGUCGAUGAAAUGACGGACACAUACAAAAGAGUUAUGAAGUUAUUUCCUCCAUCAAGUGUGGGAGGUACACCGACGGGAAGUGAAUGCACGACCCCUAGGACUAGAGCGUCUCGUUUAUGA